GUUGUCUUUUUUAUGUUGAGCCCUUCCGGAUUGUCCGGAAGAUGCAAACGUGGUUCCGGGAAUCAUUUGUUUCUUUGUUUUUGGACCUUCCGGACAGUCCGGCAGGUGGAAAGAACUUUGGAGGAGGAAUUUGUUUCUUUGUUUUUGGACCUUCCGGAAGGUGCAUAAAACGUUUGAGGAGGAAUUUGUUUCUCUGUUUGUGCUCCCUCCGGAUUAUUCCGAAGAUGCUAAAAAGGUUAAAGGAGAUAUUUGUUUCUUUGUUUUUGGACCUUCCGGACAGUCCGGAAGGUGCAAAACUUAUUGGAGAAGGAAUGUAUUUUCUAUGAUUUUGCAUCUUCCAGACGAUCCGGAUGGUGCAAAACCAGACGAAGGUGGGGAAUAAACUUUUUCUUGUUUUUUUUUUGCAUUCUAGAUUGCUGCAACCCUUGCCAGCUGCGACCUCUAGUGUGAGCAGCUCGAUUACGCCAGGCAGUGCACCAACCACUGUUGCGCUCCGAUUCAAAUCUUACAGCCAAGGGUCUGCCAACCUCGUUUGGCAACUUCUCUUCAUCAUCGAAGAUGCCAACGGCCGGUAACACCAUGUCAACGCAGUCCUCGCCAGGUCCAACCACGAUGAGCCUCCAAUGCCAACAUCACCGCUUCAAGCGUUCAGUAAGCAAGCUACUUUCGCCCCCGGUGUCGAUGACCGCGGUGGAUCAACCUUCAACACCAACUUAACCGGCUCUGAUCAGAUCAGACUGCUUCAAACCGCGCUCACUUCUUCCGCGGCAGUGAUAAUAUCAACCAGCUGCGCCGGUCCAACCGACAGCGGAAUACCAACUACAAUCGCUUCUUUCUCUUUAGCGGCAACAGCCAAGCUAUCGCCAACAAGCUGCAGUACAAGAUCAACAACAACCUUCAGGCGCAUUCGUACCCGCUGUUUAACGGCGUGGCACCCAGAAUCAUCACCGUGGUCACCGUGUUACCGGUGUGGUUGGUGGAGGGCAGAACAACCACUAUCAGCCAUCGCAAGUCCGAGACGCGGACGAAGGAGGUCGGGGUCACGAACACGGACCCGACGGAUCACAUGGCGUUGCUGGAGCAUUUUUGAUCGACGAACGAACCGCUGCAGCUGGCGCCGAGUUGACCUGGAGGACGCGGGAUCUUCGUCAGUUGCUACAGCAGAUGCCCGUAAUUCAUUCCGGGGAGGAGUUGGGCGUGAUUGGAAGAGGAUUGGAUGGCUUGGCGGGACCGAGGACUCCGGAGAAGCUUUUUCAUGUUGAUCGAAAGGAUUUUUGGAGAUACGACGCGGCUGGUGAUCUCCACGUCGCACCAGGAUUCGAGUACGAGUUGAAGAGGGGCCCGGAUGGCGUAGAUCGGCCACGCUACCAGCACCACCACCGGAACCACCCCGGGUGACCGCGUCAAUCCUAAUCAACAGUACAAAUUGCUCCUCUUCAAUCGCUCGACUGUUCUUCCAGCAGACAGGCAGCUCGUCUUCCGCGAAAAAAGGAGAGCGGCGGAAUUAACAAGGGCAACUUCUCCGUCACUGUCGCCGUAGCUCCG